AUUAGCCUUGGACCCCCUCCCCGGUUGCCCAGUGAUAAAGUAAACAAACUGUGUUUGGCCAAUCCGGCAUGCAAAUAUUUGUUCUGGAAGCUGCCUCAUCCGACGCGAGACACACACACGUCUGCGGCCGUGUGCUGAGGUAUAUAUACAGUGACGAUCCUGAUGGUCCAGCAUUACAUAUGCACACACACGUACAGAAGACUGGAUCCAUCAAUGACCCGGGACAGACUUUUCCUCCGACUUCAACACAGAUUCAUCUGAACCUGGCGACUAAGUGUUCAUAAGCCAACAUGGCGGCAGGCGUCAUCAGAAACUUCCUCGUCCAGGCCCCGACUCCAGCCUACUUCCCCCUCAUUUUCCAGCACUCUCCAUGCAAGGAAGACGAAGAUAUGGAGAUGCUGGCAGAAAAGCCAGAGGUGAGGGAAGAUGAGGAAGACAGAGAGAUGGAGGAGGAGGAGGAGGAUGAAGAAUCUGAAACUCAGGAGGAAGAGGAGGAAUGUUUGGAGGAGGUUUUCUUAAAUCCUGCCCACUACGCUUUGGAUGUGACCAAGCAGCUUCUGAGGUUUGCAGAUCUCAUCAGCCGGGAUGUCCAGCGGUAUUUCGGUCGCUGCUCUGGUGAUCAAGAAACUUGUGACAUCUACAGCGACUCGAUGUCCGUCACAACCAGCGGGCGUCUGCGUUACUAUGACGACCUGCUGAAAAUCGCAAGAGCGGGAAGUCCAGAGGUGCAAGAAAACGGCUUGGUGACUUGUGCUGAUGAUGAAGGAGUCGGUGUUGCUAAGGGCAGCAGCGGUUUGGGGCCCCUGGCUGAACUUUUCAACAACAAGGGCCCGAGUCAAGGCCGCAGCCAACCCAUGAUCAAGCGGCAUCUCCCGCUCAGUUUCUGGACUGAGCCGAUCCCCUGCUGCUCCCUCGCCGGUUUCAGCAAUGCACCUGACGUCACGCACACCGACAGUGAUGCACCUUCACAGAGCAGCACACACACAGACGCUAACACACACACAGACGCUAACACACACAUGCACUACAACAACGACAGCUCUCAGCUGGACUUCAGUGACUUGCUGGCUUUCUGGGAUCCAAACCCGGAGCUCACACACACACCGACGGAAAGCACACACAUGCAGCAUUAAACACAUCAGCCUGCUGGGACUCGCAGCUUUAUUCAUGUCCUUUUCAACUUUGAUAGAUACUUUUAAAAAGUUUAAUAAAA